AUGGGUUGGAGCUCUUUCAAGGUUAAAUUUCUCAAGAUGAGAAGAUAUUUGGCUGCCACGCCAAUGGAGGGUGAAACCUACGAAAAAUCUCCCGAGGUCAAAGACUUGCCCCACAUGACAGAUGCAGACGGGAAAUUGAUGGCCGUGUCCUCAGGUAAACGUGAAUUGUCGCCCGUUUUGAGCGCCAAGUUGAAUAUCCAAGGUUCUGGAGAAAGACACCCUGGCCGCGAAGCGGACAGAAUUGACGAUGCUAUCUAA